AUGCCAUCACUGGAGCCGAUUCCUCCGCGAAGGCACGAGACGGUAGAGGCAGGUUCGGACGAUGAAGCGGACCCGGAGCUGCUGGAACUGCUUCGGCAGCACCUUGGUCUAGGUGGAAAGGCUGGCAAAGAUCUUCCCCCAGAAACAAGAGUCCUGGAGGGGGCACAAUAUAUUUUCGACAAUGCCAUUGAUGUGGCUCUUGAUUCAGGGGCGACGAAGGAAGCGGCCGAAACUAUUUGGCGUCUGAUGCAGAAGAAGGCUUACUCCACGCAGACCUGGUCGGAGCAUGAGCUGCAUCCGAAGACAAAGGAUGAGAGUACAGUAGAUUUCAUUUUUACCAUGGAUCUCCUGAAUUUCAGCUUCUGGUCGGAGGAGAAAGACCCGUCCAAGCGCUUCUGUAUCGAGUAUCGUGGAAAGAGAUGGACGGGAUACUGGAGCCUGGUAGCCGCGCUGCAAAGGGCCCUUGACGAAGAUAUCCCAAUCACAACCCCUGACUUCUGGGUAAAUGAGGAGGCAUGCACCGAGGAAGUGCUCAGGCAUGUAUUUCGCUCUGCAACUGAAGAGGAAAUUCCUUUAUUCCAAGAGCGAGUGCAAUGCUUGCGUGAGGCCGGUGAUAUUCUUUGCCAUGAAUUCGGUGGCAGCUUUGUAAACUGCAUCGACAGUGCCAAUUUCUCGGCUGCUGGCCUUGUGAAUCUGCUCACAGAGAACUUCGACUGUUUCCGAGAUGAAAGAGUCUUCAACAGCAAGCGAGUACGUUUGCACAAGCGGGCCCAGAUCCUGGUAGCGGACCUAUGGGCCUGCUUUAACGGAGAAGAUUUUGGCGAGUUCAACGAUAUCGAUAAAAUCACCAUGUUUGCAGACUAUCGUAUUCCUCAGAUGCUUCAUCAACUUGGCUGUCUCCGCUAUUCACCGCCCCUGGAAUCCCACAUCCGGGAUUUGAAAAUCAUAACACCCGGCUCUAGCUGGGAAGUUGAACUUCGUGGAGCAAGCAUUUGGUGUGUCGAGCUGAUCAGACGUGAAAUUGAGAGACGACACCCAGAAGUCAAAACGGCGGGUAAGAAGGGUGUUUCGAAGCCUGACAGCAAGGAGCUAUCGCAUAAGACUCACGGAAUAAACGCAAUCCUCAUUGAUUUCUUCUUGUAUGAUACUAUGAAGAAUUUGGAGCAAGAGAAGAACGAGAGCAUUCCGCAUCAUCGCACUCGCAGCAUUUGGUAUUGA